AUGAAACAACACUUCGGCUUCCUCGGCGCCGCUUCGGCUCUCGUCUUCCUCGGCGAUGAAACAACACCUUUGUUCAGCUUCCUCGGCGCCGCUUCGACUCUCGUCUUUUCUUGUAUGGGAGCAGUCUACGGGACGGCGAAGAGCGGCGUGGGAGUGGCGUCGAUGGGAGUGAUGAGGCCGGAGCUGGUUAUG